AUCAUCCUCGCCAACACCUAUCAUCUGCUGGCCUACCCUGGACCGGACGUCGUAGAACGCCUUGGGCGUCUCCAGCAAUUUACGGGGUGGCGGGGCCCAAUGCUUACAGACAGUGGCGGGUACCAGGUCUUCUCUCUGUUGCAUGGGCGAAAGCUAUUACACGGAGAUCUCAUCUUACUGACUCCGGAGAAGGCCAUUGAGGCGCAGUACCAGCUAGGAGCAGACCUCAUAGUGGCGCUUGACGAAUGUACGCCCUCACAUGCGGGAAAGGUGGGCGGCACGGUUCGUGUGGCGUUUGGUUUGAUGCAAGGCCACGGGAAUGCAGCACAGCGAGCGCAUGAUAGGAUGCGGCUCAAACCUCCACUGCAGGGCCUCUAUGGAGUCGUCCAGGGCGGGGUCUACACAGACCUGCGCCGUGAAAGCGCUGCCUUUGUGAAUGAGCAUGACUUCUUCGGUGCCGCCAUCGGAGGGAGUCUAGGAACCGACCGGCAGCAGAUGCAUGCUGUCGUAGCGGAGACCGCAGCAAUGCUGAGGAACGACCGCCCCAUUCAUUUACUCGGAGUAGGAGGCAUGGUGGAUAUCUUCCACGGCGUAAAGCAAGGAAUCGACAGUUUUGAUUGCGUACACCCCACACGUGCGGGCCGCCACGGCAGCGCCUUGGUCCCACGGGCCUUUUGGGAUGAUACGCGCAGUUCAGGUCUUGCCGAUGCUGCU